UCCACGGGUACUAACCGCAGCACAUUCGAAAUGGGUAAGCAAAAACUCUCCUUCCACACUCGCGACCGUCCAGCAAUUGCAGCCGAAGGAAAUUUCAGUCGAGCCUUGCGCAAACGAGCCAUGCACAAACACAAGAGCCACAAGUCGAUGUCAAUGGUACCGGGGAUCUUCGGAGCAACACGUGGGUGUGUGCGAAGCGAAUUGGAAGUGGAUGCAGUCCUGGGGAUGGGACGGAGGGUGGAGGGUGAUGAGCAGAGGGUUUCGACGACGCACGCUACACUCGCCCAACAGACCACACAUGCUCGCUGACCACGCUCUACGGCCCCGAAUCGCUCGCUCACUUCGACUGCAAUUGCUGGUUCUGCUUGAUUGCUACGAUGGCGAACGCUUGAACGCAAUACUGACUUGCACAGCUCGCUUCCAGGAAUACCAGGUCAUCGGCCGCCACCUCCCCAGCGAGGCCAACCCCACCCCCAAGAUCUACCGCAUGCGCAUUUUUGCGCCCAACGACGUUGUCGCCAAGUCGCGGUUCUGGUACUUCCUCGGCAAGCUCCGCAAGAUCAAGAAGGCGAACGGUGAGAUCAUCUCGCUGAACCAGAUCACCGAGAAGCGCCCCCAGAAGGUCAAGAACUUCGGCAUCUGGAUCCGCUACGACUCGCGCUCUGGCACCCACAACAUGUACAAGGAGUACCGUGAGAUGUCCCGCGUUGCCGCCGUCGAUGCGCUGUACCAGGAUAUGGCCGCCCGUCACCGAUCCCGUUUCAGGUCGGUUCAGAUCCUCAAGGUUGUUGAGCUCGAGAAGACCGACGACGUCCGCCGCCCAUACAUCAAGCAGCUCCUUGUCAAGGGCCUCAAGUUCCCUCUGCCCCACCGCAUCAACAAGAAGGCUGGCAAGAAGGUCUUCGCUUCCAAGCGUCCUUCCACUUUCUUCUAAGCGUGUUUCUCUUUCCGGAGUGCGGUCUGGCUGGGCAGGGACAGUAUGGGUUUCCCUCGGUUAUGCAUGCUUCGCAAAAGAAGCACACUAGGAACGAAUGAAAAUCCCUGAUACCUCCAUCCGAUCUAUCGAGUCGUGUGAUGCCAGCCAGGGUGUUGGAUUGCAGCUUUGGCGUCAGGGACAUGGACUCAAGAAUCACAUGUAAUCAGGGACAAUGAAGUUAUGCAAUCACG